UAGAAUUAUAUCCAGAAUUAACAACUCCACUUUCAAUUAAUUUAAUAUCACAAUUAGAAAAAAAAGGAAUUGUUGAAGCUGGAGACCGUUUAUCAUUAAUUCGUUAUCAAACAAUGACAGAAGAAAUAUUUAAUGAAUUUUUAUCAUUAUUUAAACAAACAAGUUCUGAUGUAAAUCAACGUCAAGUAAAUUAUCCAUUAUUUUUCCAAUGUGCUGUUUCAACAAAUGGUGAAUCUGUUAAAAAAGUUCUUCAAUGGAUUGAGAAAAGAUUUACUAAUGAACAACUUAUUGUUAUUGAACUUUUCUUAGAACAACUUAAAUCAGUUAAAAAUAAAUUUCCAUUGGAAAUGUUACCAAAUAAUUUCGAAUCAAUUGAAAAUAUAAUUAAUAUUGCAUUAAAUCAUUUACAACAAUCAGAAAAUACUUUACGACGUAUUAUUAAUUAUCAAAUAUUUUUACUUCAACUUGUUGAACAUUCUUCAAAUAAAGAACAAAAAGAAAAAAUUCAAAGAUUUGCUACGAAAAUUCUUAAAGAAUGUUCUUCGAAAAAUGAUGUUUAUAGAAUAUUUACUGCAUCGAUAUCUAAAACAUAUCCAGAAACACGUCAUAUAUUGGCAAAUAUUCUUAUCUCAGAUAUCUUUCCAAAAUUGAUUUCAAAAUCUAUGUUGAACGAAUUAGUUAGUGUAUUAAAUUCAGCUAUUGACGAAGCUUGGCGUUUACCACAAAUUGAUUCAUUUAUUGAUAAAUUUUUUACUGAAUUUCUUCCUUCAUCAAUAAAACUUCAAUCAUCAUUUAGUAUUGAUUCACAUUCGACAUUAAUUUCAUUUUAUCUCAAAAAUCGUUCAACUCGAUUUCAACGUGUUAAUUAUUUAAUUAAUAAAUUGGAUAAAUUAUUUUUUAUUAAUACAGAUGUUCAACAAAUUGCGAUACGUUCACAACAACAUCGACAACUCAUAGAUCAAUUAAUUCAAGAUGAGAAAUGUUUUACUUUUGAUAAAUUAUCAAACGAACAAAGUAAAUUUUCAACAAUCUUAACUUCAUCUAAGAAAAAUAUGAAAGAACCUGGUUUAAAUACUGAUACUUUAUCGAGCUUAUCUCAUUUAUUAACUGGAAAACAACAAGAACAUAUUACAAAUAUUAUUCUAAAUGAUUAUCUUCAAGAUAAAGAAGUAAGUAAUUUACAAAAAUUAGUAUCAUUUCGUAUUCUUCGUCGUCUAACACAUACAUAUAAUAUAACUCUCGAAUGGAUCUAUAAAAAACAAGAUUCACCAUUACCAAUUGACAGUUCUACAGAGAAGAAAAGUUCUCGUAAUCGAGGUGCUGCUACUGAACCACUUGAUGAUAUCCUUAUAUGUUUACCAUCUACAUUUGAUUUAACGCCACAAUCAUUAAUUAAACAUUUGGAGUUUUUAACAACAAAAUUAAAUGCAUCAAAUGCAAAAUAUAUUAGUGAUGCUAUGUUAAGUAUUUCACGAAAAAUACCGGAUGAAAUAUUUCUAGAAAAAUAUCUGGAUUUUAUACAAAAUGAACAAUUUCAAAAACUUGGUACAUCAGCAAAUAAAGCACUACUUCGUUUAUUAGUUGAAUAUGUAUCAAAUACAAAUUUAAUAAAAUUAAUUAUUAAGCCAAUAUGGAAUAAACGACCACAUCAAGAUGUUCGUGCAUGUCUUAUUUUAACUUUACUUCAUUUUAUUGGUAAAACGUCUUCAGAAGAAGAUGAAAAUAUUAUUUGGGAGAUUCUUGAAGAAGCAACAGAAGAUGAUUAUCUUCCUGUUGUACAAAAUUUAUUUGCUGAUCAGCCAGGAAGAUCUUCUGGGAGAGGAAAAUCUUCUCCUUCUUGGCCAUUAACAAAACUAAAACAUUCAUCUGAAAAUGUUUUUGAAACAUUUAUUAAUCGAGUACAAUUUAAAGUAUUAGAUCAUCCAACAUCACUAAAAGCACGUUUAUGGGCUUGGUCUAAUAUCGAUCAUGAACAUUGUGAUAUGAAGAAAUUAUAUGAAAAAGCUCAAGAAUUAUGUAUACAAUUUGAUAAAGAUGGAAAUAGUUUAUGGUCAAAUGCUUUUGAAAAAAUUCUUUCAGUUUAUAAACAACCAAAAACAUUAUCAUCAAAUAUGGUUAAUGACAUAGUUAAAAAAAUGAUAUCACGUCGAGAAGAAAUUGAUUCGAAAGAAAAUGCUAUUGAUAAUCAACAUGAUUUACCAGUUUAUCAUCGUAUUCAAAGUCUUUUAACAAUUCUUAAUUCUAAAAUAAAUGAUUUUGAUAAUGAAAAAAAACUUUCUUUUCGUUCACUUUCUCCAAUUAUUCUUCAAUUUGAUAAGACAUUGUCUCCUCAAUUGGCAAAAUUAUUGAUAAAAACAACUCAAAAUAAAGAAGAACUUGAAGGUGUAUUGCAAAUGUUUCAAGAAAAUUUACCUAAAAAUUAUUUUGAACGAAUAUUAACAGACAUAUCAAGUGAAAUCAAUAAUAGUCAUUCAUCUUUUUUUAUUCAACAAUUAAGUGGUGAUGAAAAACUUGAAGUAGCUCAAUGGUUUAUUAAAGAAAAAAAUCGAACAUUAUUUGUUUUUGAUUUUCUUAAAAAUCAUGUAUUUAAUGAUAACGGUGUUGAUAGAGAAAAAUGUCAAAAUCUUCUUCGAGAAAUACGAAAAAGUGAUGAUUUAUAUUUACGACAACAAGCAAUGGAAUAUACUGUACCUUGGAAAGAAGAUGGAGAUAUUGCAGAUGAUAAUGAUGACAUGAGUGUUUCCGAUCAUCCUUCUAAUGAAAAUAUGUCUUAA